GGCUGCCUUUAAAUAGCUGGAAGCAUGAAAUAAGCAGUAGUCUAUCAGGUGGCAGAGGAAAAAGUAUUCACCUCAAAGAUAUUUGCAGAAAAGAAGAGAAGAGUAUAUCAGACAUAGUCAAAAGGCCGCCAAACCUUGCAUUUGUGUGUUGAAAGGAGAUGCUUAUAUUGCUGUUAUUGUUUGCUUUACCAAGUCUCAGCCUAGCACAGCAGGACUGCUCACGUGGAGCAUGUUACCCAGCCUUUGGAGAUAUUCUCAUAGGGAGAGCCAGUAGCCUUCAGGCUUCAUCUACUUGUGGGCUGACAAAAUCAGAAGUCUUUUGCACCCCACAUGGGGAGUAUCAGUUGAGGUGCUGUCGUUGUGAUUCCCGGAAUCCUCAAAACAGUAAUGGCCAUCGAAUUGAGAAUGUGCUACAGUCAGCGGGACUUCAGAAAUGGUGGCAGUCAAAGAAUGAUGUUGAUGAAGUAUCCGUGCAGCUAGAUCUGGCCAAAAAAUUUCAGCUCAAUGACGUCACACUGGACUUUAAGAGCCUUAGCCCAGCAGCUGUGAUAUUUGAACGCUCCUCAGAUUUUGGUAGAACGUGGGAGAUUUACCAGUACUUUGCUGAUGACUGCAGCAAAACUUUUCCAUGGGUGAGAACAGGAAGACCAGAAACUGUACGAGAUGUUCGUUGCCAACAGCUUCCAAGCAGCCCCGGGGUUCCUCCCAACGGCAAGAUCGUAUUCAACCCUGUCAGCCAGGCACCAGGAGAUAGAACACCCUACAGCCAAAAGACAAACAGUCUUGGCUUCACCAACUUACGUGUCAAGUUUAUAAAGCUAGCAAGGCCACCCAGCAGAGCUUUUCGUAUUCCUGAUGCAUUUUAUGCCUUGAAGGAAAUGCGUGUGACUGGCAGCUGCCUUUGUUUCGGUCAUGCAAACCAUUGUGUCUCUAGUACUGCAGUGUCACAGGACCAAAUCAGUCAAGUUCAGGUUUAUGAUACAUGUGUUUGCCAACAUAAAACUGCAGGCCCCAACUGUGAACGUUGCGCUGAGUUCUAUAAUGACCUUCCAUGGAAACCAGCUGAAGAAAACAACCCAAAUACUUGUAAAAGCUGCAACUGUAAUAACCAUGCAGAGAGAUGCCACUUUGAUCCUGCUGUAUUUCAGGCUAGUGGUGGCAUUAGUGGAGGUGUCUGUGAUGCGUGUCGGGAUAACACAUUUGGAAAGAACUGCGAAACAUGCAAACAGUUCUAUUAUCGCAACCCAGAAAGAGACAUUACACACCGUGAAGCAUGUAUACCUUGUGAAUGUGACCCAGAUGGCAGUCUAGAUGGUGGGAAAUGCAAUCCAAGUACCGGACAAUGUAUAUGCAAGGAACAUGUAGAAGGCGAGCGUUGUGACCGAUGCAAAACUGAAUUUUAUGGACUUAGUGCCUCAAACCCACAAGGCUGCAGAAGGUGUGGCUGCAACUACUUGGGAUCCCACUCUAACCAACCCUGUGACAAAGAAACUGGUCAAUGUUUCUGUUAUCCCAAUGUGUUUGGCCAGAACUGUGACCAGUGUGCAACAGGUUACUGGAAUUUGGCAAGUGGGCGUGGCUGCCAGAAAUGCAACUGUAACCCAUUUAAUUCUUUCAACACUCAGUGCAACCAGCUCACAGGUCAAUGUUUCUGCAAGCCUGGAUUUGGAGGACAGACAUGUACCGGAUCUGGCUGCCCUGAAAGAACCUUUGGAGACCUAACGACAGGAUGUCGAUCAUGUGACUGUGAAUUUUCAGGCACAGAAGGUCCUGGCUGUGAUAAGAACACGGGAAAGUGCCUUUGCCGUCCAGGUGCAACUGGGAUCCGCUGUGAUCAGUGCAAGCGUGGUUACUGCAGUCAGUACUAUGGAUGUGUCGAGUGUCACCAGUGCUUCCAGUUUUAUGAUAAUGAACUCACUGGGUUUGCUGUGCGGCACACCACCCUUAGGAAUUCUUCUUUGUAUAUAGAGGGAACAAAAGAACAUGACUUUGGUCCACAGUUCUCGCUCAUGGAAUAUAACCUCCGCCAGAUCCAAGAUCUUGUGACCAAUCCUCUUGUUCCAGAUAGUGAAGUGACUACAGUACGGAAUAUAUACAGGCAAAUCAGAGAAAAUUAUCAGCGGAUUAGUCCAACUCUGCCAGUUACGGAUGUGACUGCUUCCCUCUCUGGUGAAAUUGAUAGCAUUACAAGUGAUCUGCAACGCCUUACAAUAAGGUAUGAAGCUCAGAAGCAAAAAGUGGACAGCAUGAGUACAACUAACCCAACAGCGGCUUUUGCUACAAUUGAAUCUGCAUACCAGACUUCCAGUGAUGCUAAGCGACACGUUAAUGAAGCCACUCAGCUGGUUUAUGAAUCAAGUGAGCAGAGACAGAAUGCGCAGAACCUGUUAGAUGGCCCCGAUGGUGAUAAAGAAAAGCUAGAUGGCCUGCAGAACCAGAUGAACUACCCUGACCUGAACUUAGCUAUAAGGAAGGUCUGUGGAGGAUUCAGUUCUGAACCAUGUACUCCCGAGCAAUGCAGCACAAGUGUGUGCCCACCUGGCAGUAAUGGAACAUGUUACAGCAGUGCUGUCUGCACAGGUGCACUUCCUGUCACACGGUUUGCAAGGGAAGAUGCAACUAAAGCUAACACUAACUUACAAGAGCUAGAUAAACAAAUUCAGGAGGCUGAAAAGAUGAUAACGCAGAUGGGAAGUACACUUCAAGAACUUAAAAACAAUGCACAACAAAGGAUUGCAAAGACAACAACUACAAGAAAUCAGAUACAAGAGGAUGCUGGCGAUGUCAGAAAUUUGAUUCAGCAGAUUAAAACAUUUCUUUCAGAUCCUGACAUAGAUCCUACCAAGAUUGAGGAAGUCAGUGAUUAUGUCCUUUCUCUUCACCUACCAACCGACUCUACAGCCAUCAUGGAAAAGCUAGAAGAAAUUAGAACUUUUGCUGCCAAACUGCCUAAUGUUGAUUUAGUGCUUAAAGAAACUGCAGACAGUGUUGCCAAGGCAAAACAACUGAAGAAAGAUGCUGAAUUAGCAAGGGACAAGGCAGUUGCUGUAGACGAUAGUGUGGAGGCCGUUGGCGAUAAUCUGAGACAGGCAAGAGCUGCACUUAGUGAUGCAUCAGAUACAAUAAGCAGACUGAACUCAUCUUUGCAGAUGCUAUCAGGCCAAUUCACAGGGUUUGAACAGGAAUUGCUUCCAUCCACAAGCAGCUUGAGCGACUUAAGGAUACGUUUGCAGAAGCUGAAUAGUGGCAUCUCUCAGCUUGAAAUGACAACGAACCAGAACUGGGCACAGGCGGGUUUAGCAGCUCAGUAUGCUGCAGCGGCCAGUGGUUUAGCUGGAGAUGCUCAGCAGGGCUUUGGGAAUAUGCAGCUGAAGUUUAAUGAGUUGAAAAGUCGUCUUGGACAAGGUUUUGUCCCUGGUGGAAAUAUGGAACAGAGGUUUUCAUCACUGAAAACAGAAACAGAAUUUCUGUUUCAAGAAACAUCUGGUAUGAUGCAGAGAAUAGAAGAAAUUAAAGCAGGAAUUGAGCGAAGUAAUGCAGCGAUACUAUUAAAAUCUAGUCGGCUACAUGGCUUGGAAGAAUAUGUAACACAGAUUCGAAACUUCAUACAUGAGCGUGUGGAGAUCUAUUCAAGUUGUUUUCAUUAAAAAUCAAACCAUUUUGUGCAUUGUACAUGGUAAUAUAAAUAUUUCUCUGAUAACCUUCUCUGAUGCCUUUGCCAUAACAAACAGCCCAGAUAUUUCAAUCAUACAUAUGACUAAAGACAUGCGUUUUUUCAAUAAACCUUAUCACCAUGCGUGUAGUAUUGCCUGAUUUUUUAAAAACUGGGCAUGCCUGUUUUUAUGUAUCUUUUUGUGCAUGUUUAUUUCUGGGGUGUGAACACCAAAAUCAGUUAUUUGCUGACUAAGUGAGCACAAAAAUUAGUUAUUUGCUGAAUAAAAUGAUUAAUGCAUGUUAGCACUCAAUAAAAGGUAUCACAUUAA